AGCGGGCGCGCGCGCGUACAUAUAGAUACCUAUGUCUAUGGUAUACAUAUAUAUAUAUAGUCAAAACUCCGUGAACGUAUUACAGUUGAUCAUUUAGAGAAUAAAAGAACAGUUUUGUCUCCAAGAUAAACUGAUUGAAAAUCGGAAACGGAACUGAAAUUUUUAGCCGACAAUUUUUGAUUGAUGUUUUCGCCUUCAUAAAAAAUUUGAAAUUUUUUUUCCCUGACUGAUUUUUCAAAAUGUGCGAUAUACAAGACGAGAGUAUGGGUGAAUCCACCUAUUAUUUACAGAGGGAUGAUCGCAGCUUGAGGACACCCCCGCAGACGUGGAUCACCAGACUGCAAAUAUGGAAGAAAUCAAGGAACGAUAGGCAUCAGCUCUUCACGAAAUAUACACAGCCAACCAUAUCAGCAUCCACAACUGCAACAAAUCUUUCGGAUUACCAAUCGAGCGCCACAUUAUUCAAGAGCAAAAUGGCAACAUUACAAGAAAAUUUGAGAUUAUCGCAGCCAGAGAUAGAACCAUUGAACUCUAAGGAAAAAGACCCAGAAGAAGCCCUUCCAACAAGCCAGAAAGUCACAUGGGAAUCAUUCAGCACUCUCCAGAAAUUCAGAGCUGCAGGAAAACAGCUCGUGACCGCCCUCAUAGUAUCAUGGGUUUCUAUGUUGGUAGGAUACACAUCAGGAUAUACCUCUCCUGCUGACAAAUCGCUGAGGAACGACUUCUCCAUUGGCGACAAUGAGAUGUCUUGGAUUGGAGGACUCAUGCCACUGGGCGCCGUGCUAGGGGGGCUCCUAGGAGGUCCUUCGAUAGAUUAUUUCGGUAGAAAAUGGACACUACUGCUAACAGAUGUGUUCCUAAUGCUAGCUUGGUCAGUGAACUAUUUCGCACAAGACUACUAUUACCUUUACGUCAGUCGUUCUCUGGUUGGAGUAGGUGUAGGUUUUGCCUCGCUCACAUUCCCUGUAUAUCUAGGCGAAACCAUCCAACCGGAAGUACGUGGUACCCUCGGCCUUUUACCGACCACCCUCGGCAACAUCGGCAUACUGGUGUGCUUCACAGUUGGAAUGGUGCUAGAGUGGAAGGACCUGGCUGGAAUAGCCGUUCUAAUGACCUUACCCUUCUUGCUGAUCUUCAUUUGGAUCAUUCCGGAAACGCCGAGGUGGUACGUGUCCAAGGAUAAGCUCGAGGACUGCAAGAAAUCCUUGGAAUGGUUGAGGGGAAACAAGCAAGACAUUACCAAAGAGUUCGACGAUUUAGUACGAAACCAGAAGGAACAAGUGUUGAAAAACGAGAAGAUAUCCGACGUAUUCACAAGGUCUAAUUUCAAACCGCUGACAAUAUGUCUCACCCUGAUGAUAUUCCAACAAUUCAGCGGUAUAAACGCUGUCAUUUUCUACACAACCUCAAUAUUCAGAGCCUCAAAGUCUACUUUAGAGCCGGAGAUUUGCACAAUUAUCAUAGGUGUGGUUAAUGUUUGCUCAACUUUCAUAGCGAACGCACUAAUCGACAGACUUGGCAGAAAAAUGCUCUUAUACAUUUCUAGCGUAUCCAUGGCCGUAUGUUUAGGAACCCUUGGUUUCUACUACUAUUUCAAGGAUGUCACUAAUAUGGACGUAACAGACUACGGUUUUGUACCAUUGGCCAGUUUGAUCGUUUUCGCCUUAGGUUUUUCGUUAGGUUUCGGACCCAUACCUUGGUUGAUGAUGGGCGAAAUUCUACCGGCAAAGAUCAGAGGACCGGCAGCUUCGAUAGUCACCGCCUUCAACUGGGCUUCCACAUUUGUCGUCACCACCACUUUUCCAAUAAUGAAUAAGAGUCUAGGAUCAUGUUACACAUUCUGGUUUUAUGGUCUAAUGGUCGUAUUAGGAUUUAUCUUCACUGUGAUAUGCGUUCCAGAAACGAGAGGAAAAAGUCUCGAAGACAUUGAAAGACUGAUGUCGGGUCAGGAAGUAAGAAGGAUGAGCUCUAAAGCCAACAUGAAACCUCUGCCUUCUACUUUCUGAUCACUUGUUAAGUUUUAAUUGUAAAUAUAAUUUAUGAACAAGUAGCGAAAUUGAAUUUUAUAUAUAAAACUCGAAUGAUUGAUUAGUCCAAGUUUUACUAUUUUAUAAAUUUUUAGGAGAGUAAUUUAUGAACACGUAGAACAUUUAUUUUUAUAAAAUAAAUUAUUUAAAUUUUA